AUGGUCCGACACAAGAAAGAUGGAUUCUCAUCCAGAGGCAAGAAAUACAGCAAUGCCCCAAGAGCAAGAGGCCCUCGAAACGAUGGUGAAGACGGCGAACACCCCGCAUCGCGCCCCGCCUUCAAAGCCGCAUGCUGGGAUUUGGGACACUGCGACCCCAAGAGAUGUUCGGGGAAGAAACUCAUGAAGAUUGGUCUCAUGCGCGAGCUUCAUAUAGGCCAAAAACACUCUGGAGUCAUCAUUAGCCCGAAUGCGAAACAAACCAUCUCGCCCGCCGACCGAGAGAUUUUCGAGCAGUACGGCGCAGCAGUGGUGGAAUGCUCAUGGGCUAGAGUGAAGGAGGUGCCAUGGCCAAAGAUCGGAGGGAAAUGCGAGCGACUGCUCCCGUACCUGGUAGCUGCGAAUAGUGUAAAUUAUGGAAAACCUUGGAGGUUGAACUGCGUGGAGGCGCUGGGUGCGGCAUUCUACAUAUGUGGACAUCCCGAGUGGGCUGAGGAGGUUCUGUCACAUUUCUCAUACGGGCAGUCAUUUCUAGACAUCAACUCGUCAAUAUUGAAGCGGUACGCGGCUUGUAAGGAUGAAGCAGAAAUCAAGAAGACAGAGGAGGCGUGGAUGGCUAGGUUGGAGAAGGAAUAUGCGGAUAGUAGGGCAGACGGAGAAGAUGGGCCGGAGACAGAUAUAUGGAAAGGAGGAAACACGAAUCAUCGAGCGCCAGUCAGUUCCGAUGAAGAAGAUGAGGAUGAAGACGGAGACGGAGAAAGUGACGAAGAGAUUGAUGGCAUAUAUUUGGGCAAGAGGCCACCAAAGAAUCUGGAAGAAGCAGCAGAGGAAGACAAAGACCCUUUUGAGAUAUCGGAGGAUGACGACGAAGAAGAGAUGGCAGAGCUUAGACGAAGAGUGCUGGCAUCGAAACCGUUUUCAAAUCCAACAGACACUGGGCAAAAGUCAGCACCGGAAAAGAUAUCUCGCCCGGUGCCAUUGAAGGAAGACUCGGAUGUGGAAGCCGACUCGGACAAUGGCGACGAUGACGAGUUUGACAACAUUAUCGAUGCCACUCCCGUCACAGACAGAAUUGGGAUCCAAGCCAAGCAGAAAGCGAAGACAUCGGAACCUCUUGCUAGUGCAGUCUUCUCGAGGACAGUCGUGGGUGCCCCAAAGAAGUGGUAG